UAAGAUAUAUGUCUAUGGGACUGUGUUCAGAACUUUUGAUAAAUAGCAUUAUAAAGUUCAAAUGUCAGGAAAAACUUUUCAAAACGAGCUGGGAUUUUGUCCAGAAUGUGGUGCUAUAUUACCCUUGCUUGGAGAUAAGGGUGGUGUGAAAUGCUAUACCUGCAAGCAAGAAUUUGGUCCAGAAGUUUUUGGGGACAUGCGAACACAGUACGUGAUACACUUUAAUUCCCCGAGCGACCUGUCGAAACUAAAGCGUAGCAAGCGGGGGAAGGGCAAGGCCCCGGAGGCAGAAGGCCCCACGGUGGAGCGGCAGUGCCCCGUGUGCAAGAACACCACCAUGUCUUACGCAACGCUGCAGCUCAGGUCGGCGGACGAAGGGCAAACUGUGUUCUACACCUGCACCAAGUGCAAGUACAAAGAGAAUGAAAAUUCCUGAGCAUCACAGUGGAUUUCACAUGUCAGCUAGUUAAAUAAUAAGUAAAUCUGUUUAAAAAAUACAUUUUUUCUAUCAGGA